AUGACGGGGGCCCUUACCCGACUCAAUGAAUGGGCAAAAACCUGCGGACUAGGUAUAAACCCGAGUAAAACCGAACUGAUGCUCUUCACGCGAAGAACAAAGAUCCCAACAUACAGCAAACCAAAAAUAGAUGGAAUCGAACUCGAGCUAUUGGGUAAGGCUAAGUAUCUAGGAGUGAUACUAGACCCGAAGCUCCCGUGGAAACUGAACAUCACGGAACGAGAAGGUUGUGCAGACUUCUUGAGUCCUACAAGCCGGGCGGAACUGGAGAGACGCCGUUGGAGAACGACGCCGCAGGAGUCCACAAGCACCACGAAGGGAGACGAGAGCAGCGACGCCGUCGAGGAGCGCCGCCGAGAAACGCACAGAGUGAAUCCUGAGCCGAGGAAGGCACGUCGCCGACCCGGCAAGCCGCAACAGCCAGCUGACGAAGAAACAAAUUCCAGCGAAAAGAAAAACUUAAUAAAGUUUUCCAAUCGGAUAUCCCUGCAUUUUCUUGGGUCACGGGCAGUCAAAAAAAAACGUGGAGGACAUGAGAAAAGCACUGUCGGAGUUCAUAGACCGCAAAACCAAAGAACCGGAGACAGUUGCCAUCCUCGAAGCGUUGGAAAGGGUAUACGGAAAGAAGACUCCCGGGAAACAACAAGCGCAGAGGGCUUGGUGAGCAGCUUGGACGUCCAAAGCCUCAGGGACGCCGGCAACCAGGAGCGACGAAACUCCACUCAAAGAUGGAACAGUCGUGAAAGGCAGGAGGACGCCGAUCAAAGGAAGGACAGGGCCAAGACGGAAGUACCGGACUAUGCCAAGGUGGCGAAGCAGGUACGAGAGUGGACCUUCAGGUACGACGGCCACGAUAAACCCCUGGAGUUCCUAGAACAAGUAGAGUGGUCAGCGGUGACGUACGGGCUCGACGCCAAUCUAAUCCCCAGAGCGAUGCCGGAACUCCUGCAGGGAAGAGCCCUCAAGUGGUUUAUCGCUAACAACAAAUUCUGGGAGACCUGGGCAGACUUCUCCCGAAGCUUCAAGGAAUUCUUCCUGCCCAGGGGCUUCAUGGUGAAGCUAGCCGAUCAGGUCAGGCAGAGGAAACAAGUUUUCAAUGAGUCGUUUAAAGACUACAUGGUAGACAUGCAGACCUUGAUGCGGCCCCUGGAUAUGACCCGAGAAGAGGUCCUGGAGAGGAUCAUAGAGAACAGCACACCGGCGCUGCGGAUGUUCAUUCGCCCGUACGAGUGCAAGGACCUGGACGCUCUGAUGGCACUGGCAGACGACUUUGAGGAGUUGGACCAGCAAAGGAGGGAGUUCGAGGAGGCCAACACUCCACAGGCCAGGAUGCACCCCUACGAAGAGAGUUCGCGCACCCAGCAACCACUCGAAACGGGCAAGGAGCAGUCUGCAGAAGGUGCCAAGACAACACUGAUGCCCCCUGGAGGCGAGGUCCACAAGGCCAAAGGACAGAGGGAAGGAGGGGACACAUUACGAACCCGGCAACAGCAUGCCGAAGAUGCGGAAGCCAAGAGCACUGGGCAACAGAGUGCCGAAACCGCCCGGCCCGAGAUCGGGAAAUGCCCAGCGAUCCCAGCCACCGAGGGGCAACUAGGGUUCGCGAGGCACUGCCCCUCAGAUUUAAUGGGCGACCUGAAGGCGGAAGAAAUGCAACUGUCCGCCACAGUGCUCAUAGCCGGGAAGAGGCUGAAGGCCACAGUGGACACCGGCGCCACGGCUAGCUUUAUAAGCGAGGAGCUGGCGGACAGGCUGCAGGCGGCAGGACAGGUCAGGCCCACGAGGAGGCAAGUACGGAUGGCAGACGGACGAUGCGGGAGCAUCACCUCGCAGCUGGAAAUAGGAAUAGGACUCGGCACGAGAACUGUGGUAAUACAGUUGCUGAUCCUUCCUGGAAUCAUAGACGCCCUGGUGCUAGGAUGGAAUUUCCUCACCACAAUAGGAGCAAAAAUGGAGUGCGCUGGUCUUCGGGUUGCGAUACCACCAAGAAACAGGGAACAAAACUGCACAGAGGAAAGACUGUCCGUCGCUGUCGCGGAAACGCCAAAAGAAUUCACGGAAGAGGACGUAGCUGAAUUCCUAAAAACAGAAUUGGCAGAUUUGGAGAAUAUACAAGGAACGUCGACCGUAGCUGUGCACAAAAUCACCAUGAAAGAUGACCAGCCGGUCAAACAAAGGUAUUAUCCCAAGAAUCCCAAGAUGCAAGGGGAAAUUAACGCCAAGGUCGACGAGCUACUCGAAAAAGGUUGCAUAGAACCAUCAAAAAGCCCCUACAGCUCACCAAUCGUCAUGGUCAGGAAGAAGACAGGGAAAUGGAGGUUGUGCGUAGAUUUCCGGCAAAUAAACGCAAAGUCCGUAAAGGACGCGUAUCCGAUGCCAAUGAUAAAUUACAUCCUGGACCAACUGAGAGAAGCCAAGUACAUCAGCAGCUUGGAUCUAAAAGACGGGUACUGGCAGAUACCCUUGGAGGCGGACAGCAGGCAGUACACAGCCUUCACCGUCCCAGGAAAAGGUCUAUUCCAAUGGAGAGUCAUGCCAUUCGGACUACACUCGGCGUCUGCGACAUUCCAAAGGGCGUUGGACCAGGUCAUAGGGCCCGAGAUGAUGCCGCACGCUUUUGCGUAUCAAGACGACAUUAUCGUCAUCGGACGGACCAUAAAGGAACACAUGCAGAACCUAAAAGAGGUGUUCAGAAGACUGCGGGCAGCAAACCUGAAAGUAAAUGCUGAUAAAUGUAAAUUCUUCAGGAAAGAGUUGCAAUACUUAGGGCAUCGAAUCACAGACCAAGGCAUUGGGACGGACCCGGAGAAGGUGUCGGCUAUAGCCCAGCUGAAGCCACCGGCAAACGUCAAGGAGCUGCGCCAGUAUCUGGGGGUGGCAUCAUGGUAUAGGCGAUUCGUACCAGAUUUUGCCACCAUAGUGCAGCCCCUGAACGCACUCCUCCGGAAGAAAGCAAAAUGGGAAUGGACGAACGAUCACCAGCAAGCGUUCGAAGCCGUCAAGGCCAGGCUAGUUGCUGACCCAAUCCUGGCAUGCCGAGAUUUCAGCAAAACGUUUGUACUCCUCGGUGCUAUUCUCACACAACAUUCGGACCAGGGUGAGCGGGUGAUUUCCUACUCCAGCCGAUCCUUGAACGGGGCGGAAAGGAAUUACUCUGCAACAGAAAAAGAGUGUUUAGCAAUCGUGUGGGCCAUCAGGAAAUUAAAACCUUACCUGGAGGGCUACCACUUCAAAGUGAUAACCGAUCACAUGGCCCUGAAGUGGUUGAAUAGUAUCGAGAGUCCAUCCGGCAGAAUCGCGAGAUGGGCGCUGGAGCUACAACAGUACGAUUUUGAAAUCGCAUACAGGAAGGGCCAGCUUAACAUAGUAGCGGACGCCCUGUCACGGCAGCCGCUACCAGAAACGUGCCGAAGACUGGAAAAUAAAGAAACCGAUCUGCAAGAACGAGCACAAUGCCCCUGGAUAAAGGAAAUGCAAGGAAAGGUUACGCAGAAUCAACAAAAAUACCCCGAUUAUCUGGUGGAAGCCAACCGGCUGUACCGACAUAUUCCACACAGGGCUGGCAACGAGGACGUAGUCGCCUGGAAGCUGUGCGUACCCACCGAGUCGAGAAAAAGGGUCAUAUCUGAGAAUCACGACAUGCCAACGGCCGGACACUUGGGCAGUCGGAAAACGAUUGCAAGAGUGGCUGCAAGAUAUUACUGGCCGGGUAUGCAUCGAGACGUAAGAAAAUAUGUGCGGAACUGUGAAAGCUGCAUGAAAUACAAGCUGCAAAUACAAGAAAUACAAAUACUCCAGGCAGCCGGAAAAAUGCUAACACAAAUUCCGGAGGAGCCAUGGGCUACGGUAUGCGCCGAUUUCGUCGGUCCCCUGCCACGAUCAAAACACGGGAAUUCGAUGCUACUAGUCUUGGUGGAUCGAUUCUCAAAGUGGACCGAAAUCGUGCCCAUGCGAAGGGCAACUACGGAAACCCUUUAAAAGGCCAUCAGAGAACGGAUAAUUUCGCGAUACGGAGUACCUAAAGUAAUGAUAACCGACAACGGCGUGCAGUUCACAAGCAGAGCGUUCAAGAAGUUCAUGGAGGAACUGGGUGUCCGACACUAGUUUACAGCACCGUACACGCCACAAGAAAACCCGACGGAGAGAACCAACAGGACCGUAAAAACAAUGAUCGCGCAGUUCACCGGAGCCGAUCAGAGGACGUGUGAUGAAAAGUGGGCAGGAUUGCAGUUGGCCGUGAAUACAAGUGUGGCGGAGACAACGGGCUAUUCGCCAGCGUUUAUCACGCAGGGUAGAGAGCCGAGACUCCCAAACGCGCUGUAUGACGAGCAGACAACCGGAACAGGAAAGGAAACACAAACACCCACGGAGAAUUCACAAAAAUUAAAGGAAAUCUUCGAGUUGGUCAGGAGAAACAUGGAGAAGGCAGCGCAGGAUCAGGCGCGGCACUACAAUCUGUCCAAGGCAGUAGAUGGCUUCGCGGCGAAACUGGCCCCAAAAUUCGAUGGGCCGUUUAAAAUCACAAAGUUCACCUCGCCGGUGAUCUGCAAGUUACGGCACGAGGAAAGCGGCAAGGAAAAGACAGCUCACAUAAGCGACCUAAAGCCCGGGAGUGAGCAAAGUGAAACGACCACGGAUCGAGGAAGCACUGAGGCACACACGGAGGGCAAGUACCGUUACCGGUACAAGCCCAGCGGAAUAACGGAAGAGGAGCGCGGCGGAAGAACAGAGGUUACGCGGAGGGUAGAGCAGAGUGGAUCUGCCUAUUCAAAAAUUCCAAGCAGCAGCAGCAACAUGUCCAACAAGACGAAACGCAGCAAAACCGAGGCACGUGAGGCCGGCGUCGGGGAACAACCCGCAGCGAUAUGGAGGCAGGAUCCCGAAUCCUACCUCCAGCUGUGCGCGUCACCCCUGGCGUCGCGCUCUCCGUCGCCGUCGGAGGAGAAGGACCGCGGCGAAAUCCCGGACAUAGAGUUGGAGGACGACGCGGAAGAGGAGGCCCAGAUGCCGGACGACGCCGGAGACGUGGUGUCGCUCUCGUCGGAUGACGACGACGAGACCUGGGGAGGCCUGGACUCGGUCACCCCGGAGGUGUCCUCGGACGAGGAGGAUCACCUGCGACGAGGGGAGCGGGUGAAGCUCAAGUCCCACCGUCUCCAGAUGGCGAGGCAGGGGAAGAGCUACAUCCCGCUCGGCAUGGCGCCACCGACGGAUCGCCCCAGGGACUGGCGGCAAAUGUUCCUGGCGCGCCGGAUCACGCACGCCCGGAUGAAGGGACAAAUGAGGCGCCAGGCGGCCGCCGAGAUCGCGGUCCAGAGGCUGCUCGAGAGGGCCGAGGAGGAGGAGGCUCGCCUCAACACCCAACCACCGCCACCACCACCGGCAGCGACACCGCCCUCACCACCGCCACCACCACCGGCGACACCGUCCCCCCCACCGCCACCACCACCGGCGACACCGUCCCCACCACCGCUGCGGGAGCAGCAGGAGGCAUGGCGAAUCGCAGAGGAGCGACGGGUGGUCGAGGCAGACGGCGGGACGUGGCCUGAGGCGGUCGUCACGUGGAGAUGGCCGGCACAGGAGUGCAGGAAGAGGGCGGGAGGAGAGGACGAGGAACUGGAGAAGACGGCGUGGGAGUGGCCCAGUCCACUGGCAGCGACGCCGAAAAUCGCGCGGCAGGCCUCGUGCCCCGAGACACGUGCCCCGCCGGAGAGGCCGGAGAUGCAGCGGCAGCAUUCCGCGAGAGGCGAGCCGUGGACGCCGAUCGCGGAGGAGGAGUGGCCACCGAGUGUGGCAACGGAGGCACGCCGGCAGCGAGGGAGAGCGCGGCAGAAGCGGUGGGCCAAGCUGGUCGUCGCUAACGGGGCCCGGUACCGCAUCAGCGUUUUCCGCGCGGAGUAA